UCGAAAUAUAUAAAGUUUCGCAGAUUUACGAUUUAUGUCACACUUCGCUGUAAACAUCAACGAUUUAAAGUGCCUCCAGAACAAAAAGAACUUAAGCAAACCAAACAUGUUCAAAUACGUUUUAUUCGCCACUAUUUUGUGUUAUGCUUACGCAGCUCCGGGAAUAGUAGCCACCGGUCACAUAGUAGAAACUCAUCAUGUGGUUCCCGUAGUUAAAGCUGUUCCUGUCGUCCACGCAGCUCCCGUGGUUCACACUGUACCCGUAGUGAAAACACUGCAUCCGGUGGUUCCCGUGGUCAGAGCUCAUUCCAUUAUAGUCCACUAGUCUGCGUAUCAUGAAAUGUUUACUAAUGUUUUUGUUUGGCAAAAUUAAAUUACAUGUUUAUUAGCAAA